GAUUGACAAAAGUGGGGGGCGUGGGGCGUGGCCUUAGCAAGCAUGGCGGCCUCCGCGGGCGCCGCGGCGCUGGGCCGAAGUUCGCGCGCGGCUCUUCCCCCUUGGACGCUGCGGGCGCCACGCGCUGGCCGCGGGCGGCUGCUGAUCCCAGCUAGCCUCGGAGGGCGCGCGCCGGCUGCCCUGGCUGCUUCCAGCCAGCCGAGUGCGGGAGGAGAGGAGCGCUACUGCCUGGAUUUGCUGCGAAAACGGGAUUAUGAAGGCUUCCUGUGUGUGCUGCUGUUGCCUGCUGAAUCACGUGCCUCUGUCUUGGCCCUGAGAGCCUUCAAUGUAGAACUGGCUCAGAUUAGAGACUCUGUAACUGAGAAGACCAUUGGUUUGAUGCGGAUAGAGUUUUGGAGGAAAGCUGUAGAAGAUAUUUACCAGGAUAAUCCACCACAACAACCAGUGGCUAUAGAGCUGUGGAAGGCUGUUAGGAGGCAAAACCUGACCAAAAGAUGGUUUAUGAAUAUUAUUGACCAAAGGGAAAAGAAUCUGGAUGACCGAGCUUAUCGGGAUAUCAGUGAACUUGAGACAUAUGCUGAAAAUACACAGAGCUCACUCCUUUAUCUCACCCUAGAAACACUUGGUGUGAGGGACAUCCACGCAGACCAUGCAGCCAGUCACAUAGGGAAGGCCCAAGGCAUUGUAACCUGUUUAAGGGCAACUCCAUAUCAUGCUAGCAGAAGGAAAGUGUUUCUCCCUAUGGAUAUUUGCAUGCUGCAUGGGGUUUCUCAAGAGGAUUUCAUAAGAAACAAUGAGGCGAAGAAAAUAAGAGAUGUUGUGUAUGACAUUGCAAGUCAAGCCCAUGUUCAUCUGGAACACGCCAGGUCCUUCAAGAAGAAUGUCCCUGCCAAAGCAUUUCCUGCCUUUCUUUGUACGGUUGCUAUUGAAGAUUAUUUGCAUAAAAUACAAAAAGCUGACUUCAAUGUAUUUCAUCCAAGUUUGCACCAGAAGAGCACUUUACUACCUCUGCAUUUGUAUAUUAGAUCAUGGAAAAAAGCUUAUUGAAAAAUAUGAGAUUGAGGCUUUCUGAUUGAAAAUUAUUAUAUAUAUAUAUUCAUUUA